AACAUAGACAUAUGAAAUAGAAAAUGCACAUAGUUCAGCUCCAAAUAGAGCAGAAGCAAAGUGAAGAAGGUAUAAAAGCUGCUGGUGUCUUGUGGAGGGCGAUGUUGUGGUCUCACGUCUAUCAGCAGCUUCUCACGGCCGACUUUUCUUCUGUCAAACUUCUAAACUUCUUUUGAAGAUCAGCAGCACUCGGGUGAGUGUGACGCGACUCAUCCCAGACUUCAUUCUUAGCUACUUCUGUUUGUCCUCAGGCUAAAGGUGGCGAGAGAACAUGAGUGAUGCCGACAUGGAAAUAUUUGGAGUGGCUGCCGCCUACCUGCGCAAAACAGAGCGAGAACGAAUCGCAGCCCAAAAUGUGCCCUUUGACGCCAAAGUGGCCGUCUUUGUGCCCGACUCUAAGCACGAGUAUGUUAAAGGCAAGAUCAAGAGCCAAGAUGGAAGCAUGGUCACCGUGGAGAAGGACGGCGGCAGGAAGGAUCUCACGCUCCAGGUGGUCACACUGCACCAGGAUGACCUUCGCCCCAUGAACCCACCAAAGUUUGACAAGAUAGAAGACAUGGCUCUGCUCACACACCUCCAUGAACCCGCCGUGCUCUUCAACCUGAAGGAACGCUACGCCGCCUGGAUGAUCUAUACGUACUCAGGUCUCUUCUGCGUGACUGUCAAUCCUUACAAGUGGCUUCCCGUCUACAACCCGGAGGUUGUGGCGGGCUACCGUGGCAGGAAGCGUCAGGGGGCCCCCCCACAUAUCUUCUCCAUCUCUGACAACGCUUACCAGUAUAUGCUCACAGAUAGAGAGAAUCAGUCAAUCCUGAUCACUGGAGAGUCUGGCGCUGGCAAGACAGUCAACACCAAGCGGGUGAUCCAGUACUUUGCAACAAUUGCAUCUGUUGGAGACUCGAGCAAGAAGGAGCAACUUCCUGGCAAAGUGCAGGGAACACUGGAGGAUCAAAUCAUCCAGGCCAACCCUCUGCUGGAAGCUUUUGGGAAUGCCAAGACUGUGAGGAAUGACAACUCUUCUCGAUUUGGGAAAUUUAUUCGCAUCCACUUUGGAACAAAGGGCAAGUUGGCAUCAGCUGAUAUAGAAACAUACCUGCUGGAAAAAUCCAGGGUGACCUUCCAGCUUCUAGCUGAGAGGAGCUACCACAUCUUCUACCAGAUCCUGUCAAACAAGAAGCCUGAUCUCAUCGAGAUGCUGCUGAUCACCUCCAAUCCUUACGACUAUCCCUUCAUCAGCCAGGGCGAGAUCACUGUGCUGAGCAUCAACGACUCAGAGGAGCUGAUGGCCACAGACAGUGCCAUUAACAUCCUGGGAUUCACCAUGGAGGAGAAAAUUGGCAUCUACAAGCUGACUGGAGCUGUGAUGCACAACGGAAACAUGAAGUUCAAGCAGAAGCAGCGUGAGGAACAAGCAGAACCUGACGGCACUGAAGUGGCUGACAAAGUUGCCUACCUCAUGGGGCUGAACUCCGCUGACCUGCUGAAGGCGCUGUGUUAUCCUCGAGUUAAAGUCGGUAACGAAUACGUGACCAAAGGCCAGACGCCUCAGCAGGUGAACAACGCUAUGGGCGCCCUGUCCAAGGCUGUCUAUGAGAAAUUGUUCCUGUGGAUGGUCACCAGGAUCAACCAGCAACUCGACACUAAACUCCCAAGGCAACAUUUUAUUGGUGUACUGGAUAUUGCAGGAUUUGAGAUUUUUGAGAUGAACAGUCUGGAGCAGCUGUGUAUCAACUUCACCAAUGAGAAGCUGCAGCAGUUCUUCAACCACCACAUGUUUGUGCUGGAGCAAGAAGAAUACAAGAAGGAAGGGAUCGACUGGGAGUUCAUUGACUUUGGCAUGGACCUGGCAGCCUGCAUCGAGCUCAUUGAGAAGCCACUGGGUAUUUUCUCCAUUCUGGAAGAGGAGUGUAUGUUUCCAAAGGCGACAGAUGUGUCCUUCAAGAACAAACUCUACGAUCAGCAUCUGAGCAAGCACAGCAUCUUCCAGAAGCCCAAACCUUCCAAAGGAAAGACUGAGGCUCACUUCUCCCUGAUGCACUACGCCGGCACAGUGGACUACAACAUCAGCGGCUGGCUGGAGAAGAACAAGGACCCGCUAAAUGACAAUGUGGUGCAGCUGUACCAAAAAGCAUCCCUAAAGUUGCUCUCCCAGCUCUUUGCAACGUACGCCUCAGCUGACGGAGCUGAUGUAGUCAAGAAAAGCUACAAGAAAAAAGCUUCAUCCUUCCAGACGGUCUCUGCACUUUUUAGGGAGAACCUCAACAAGCUAAUGGCAAACCUCAGGUCCACACACCCGCACUUUGUCAGGUGCAUCAUCCCCAAUGAGACCAAGACUCCAGGGUCAAUGGACCACCAUCUAGUUCUGCAUCAGCUGCGCUGCAAUGGUGUGCUGGAAGGUAUCAGGAUCUGCAGGAAGGGAUUCCCAAGCAGGAUCCUCUAUGGAGACUUUAGACAGAGGUACAGGAUCCUGAAUGCCAGUGCCAUCCCCGAGGGACAGUUCAUCGACAGCAAGAAAGCGUCAGAGAAACUGCUCUCCUCCAUCGAUGUGGACCACGCCCAGUACAGAUUUGGAUGUACAAAGGUCUUCUUCAAAGCUGGCCUUCUGGGUCUUCUGGAGGAGAUGAGAGAUGAGCGUUUGGCCGUGCUGAUGACUCGGAUCCAGGCUGUUGCCAGAGGUUAUGUCAUCAGGCUAAAGCUCAAGGAGAUGACAAAGAAAAGAGAUUCCAUUUUCAUCAUCCAGUACAACAUCCGCUCCUUCAUGAAUGUGAAGAACUGGCCUUGGAUGAGGCUCUUCUUCAAGAUCAAGCCUCUGUUGCGGUGUGCAGAGGCUGAGAAGGAGAUGCAGACAAUGAAAGAGGAGUUCUCACACCUAAAGGAGGAGCUGGCGGGGUCAGAGACACGCAGGAAAGAGCUGGAGGAGAAAACAGUGGUGCUCAUCCAGGAGAAGAAUGACCUUCUCCUUCAAAUCCAAGCAGAACGGGAGAACCUAUGUGAUAGCGAGGAGAGGUGUGAAGGUCUGAUAAAGAGCAAGAUUCACCUGGAGGCCAAAGUCAAAGAAUUGUCUGAGAGGAUAGAGGACGAAGAGGAGAUCAAUGCUGACAUCACCUCAAAGAAGCGGAAGCUGGAGGAUGAAUGUUCCGAGCUCAAACGUGACAUUGACGAUCUGGAGCUGAUCAUCGCCAAAGUGGAGAAGGAGAAACAUGCCACUGAAAACAAGGUCAAGAACCUGGUAGAAGAGGUUACAACUCUGGAGGAGAACCUGAUGAAAUCCUUCAAGGAGAACAAAUCAUUGCAGGAGGUUCACCAGCAGAUGCUUGAUGACCUCCAGGCUGAGGAGGAUAAAGUAAACGUGCUGAUGAAGACCAAGAUCAAGCUGGAGCAGCAGGUUGAUGAUCUGGAGGGUUCACUGGAGCAGGAGAAGAAGUUGCGAGCUGAAUUGGAAAGAUCUCGGAGAAAGCAAGACGGAGACAUGAAGCUGUCUCAGGAGACCAUCACGGACUUGGAGAAUGAGAGGCAGCAGAUGGAGGAAAGACUUGUUAAAAAACAUUUAGAAAUCAGCAACCUGCAGUACAAAAUCGAGGAUGAGCAAGCCCUCACCACUCAGCUACAAAAACAAUCAAAAGAACUUCAGGUUCGUAUUGAGGAGAUGGAAGAGGAAAUGGAGGCAGAGCGCUCCACCAGAGCCAAAGUAGAGAAGCAGAGGUUAGAUCUCGCCAGGGAGCUGGAGGAAAUCAGCGAGAGGCUGGAGGAGGCCGGAGGCGCCACCACCACUCAGGUAGAAAUGAACAAGAAGCGUGAGGCUGAAUUUCAGAAGCUGCGCCGCGACCUGGAGGAGUCCACCCUCCAAUACGAAUCCAUUACUGCAGCUCUGCGUAAGAAACAAGCCGACAGUGUCGCCGAACUGGUUGACCAGAUCGAGAACCUGCAACGAGUCAAGCAAAAAGUGGAAAAAGAGAAAAAUGAGCUGAAGAUGGAGAUGGAGGACAUGGCGAGCCAUGUGGAGAGUAUUGUGAAGAGCAAGUCUAACCUGGAGAAGACCUGCCGGUACCUUGAAGAUCAGGCAAACGAGUACAAGACCAAAUCUGAUGAAGCCCAACAAGCGCUGAGUGAUUACACCACACUCAACGCGCGGCUGCAGACAGAGAAUUGUGAACUUUCCCGUCUGCUGGAAGAGAAAGAAGGUGCUCUCGGCCACAUGAGCAGAGCCAAAUCUGUCAGCGGUCAACAAAUUGAAGAAUUGAAGAGGCUUCUGGAUGAAGGGGCUAAAGCAAAAAAUUCCCUGGCCCACAGUCUGCAGUCUUACCGCCAUGACUGUGAGCUGCUGAGGGAGCAAUAUGAAGAGGAGCAGGAGGCUAAAGCUGAAUUACAGCGCUGCCUCUCCAAGGCCAACAGCGACGUGGCCCAGUGGAGAACCAAAUACGAGACGGACGCCAUCCUGCGCACAGAGGAACUUGAAGAGGCAAAGAAGAGGCUGGCCCAGCGGCUGCAGGAAUCCGAGGAGCUGACAGAAGCAGCAAAUGUCAAAAGUGCAUCACUCGAUAAGAGCAAGCAGAGGCUGCAGGCUGAGGUGGAGGACCUCAUGGUGGAGCUUGAAAGGUCAAAUGCAGCCAAUGCCACCUUGGACAAGAAACAGAGAAACUUUGAUAAGGUCCUGUCUGAAUGGAAGCAUAAAUAUGAGGAGAGUCAAUCGGAUCUGGAAGGGUCUCAGAGAGAGUUCAGAGCCCUGAGCACCGAACUCUUCAAACUGAAGAAUUCAUACGAGGAGGCCUUGGAUCACCUGGAGAGCAUGAAGAGAGAAAAUAAAAACCUUCAGCAGGAGAUCUCGGACAUCAGCGAGAACAUCGGACAGUCGGCUACAAUGAUCCACGAGCUGGAUAAAGCCGCAAAACAAGCUGAGCAGGAGAAGAAAGACACUCAGGCGGCUCUUGAGGAAGUUGAGUCUUCUCUAGAACAUGAGGAGGCCAAAAUCUUGCACCUUCAACUGGAGCUCAACCAGAUCAAGUCCGAAGUGGACAGAAAGGUGGCUGAGAAAGACGAAGAGAUUGACCAGCUGAAGAGGAACCACCAGAGAACUGUGGACACUUUACAGAGCACGCUGGAAGCUGAGACACGCAGCCGAAACGACGCAGUUCGGGUGAAGAAGAAGAUGGAAGGGGAUAUAAAUGAGAUGGAGAUCCAGCUCAGCCAAGCCAAUCGCCAGGCGUCUGAGGCCACGAAGCAACUGAGGAACCUGCAAAUCCAGUUGAAGGACACUCAGGUCCACCUGGACGAGGCGCUCCGCAAUCAGGAAGAUACAAAAGAGCAACUGGCCAUCGCUGAGCGACGCAACAGUCUGAUGAUGGCUGAGAUGGAGGAGGUGAGGACGGCACUGGAGCAGUCAGAGCGUAGUCGCAAGCUGGCUGAGCAGGAACUGAUGGAAGUUAGCGAGAGGAUUCAGCUGCUGCAUUCACAGAAUACCGGACUACUGAACGCUAAAAAAAAGACGGAGACUGAGUUGGCUCAGCUACAGUUGGAGAUUGAGGACAUGGUCCAGGAGGCGAGGAACGCUGAGGAGAAGGCCAAGAAAGCCAUCACAGAUGCUGCCAUGAUGGCCGAGGAGCUGAAGAGGGAGCAGGACACGAGCGCUCACUUGGAGAGGAUGAAGAAGAACCUGGAGACCACUGUUAAGGACAUCCAGCUGCGUUUGGAUGAGGCAGAGCAGCUAGCUCUGAAAGGAGGAAAGAAGGAGCUUCAGAAGCUGGAGAACCGGGUUCGAGAGUUGGAAAAUGAAUUGGAAGCAGAGCAGAAACGUGGCAGUGAGGCCAUAAAAGGAGUGCGCAAAUAUGAGAGGAAGAUUAAAGAGUUGACUUAUCAGAGUGAUGAAGAAAAAAAGAACACGGUGAGGCUUCAGGAUUUGGUUAACAAGCUGCAGCUGAAAGUGAAAGCAUACAAGCGCCAGUGUGAGGAGGCGGAGGAAAAAAACAGCAUUCAUGUGACAAAGUUCCGCAAGGUGCAGCACGAACUGGAGGCGGCUGAAGAGCGAGCGGACGUCGCAGAGUCUCAGUUGAAUAAACUACGAGCUAAGAGUCGUGACAUUGUUGGAAAAGUGGAGUAGAAAGCUGCAUGAUGUUCCACUCAUGUAAACAUUAUUGUGGUGAAACUGUAGUCUGAUAAUUCUAAUGACACGCCGAGAAGUAUUCUUUGAACAAUAUGAUUAUUAUUAUGCCUGUAGUUUGCAUCAUACUGAGAGCUGUUUCUAAUACAGUCAAAUCUCGGUUUUCAAACAUCGUCGUUUUCAAAUGAUUCCAUUUGCCUUGGUUCUCCUACACUGUCUCGGUUAUCGUACACGUUCUGUAUUGCAUGUAACAAAGUGUUGUAUUUGUG